GGCAACCUCCGGAAGCUCCUGUCAAUCAAGGCUGAGGGCAGCAGCUGUGUAUUUCAGCUACAAGAGUGAAGUUCAGCAUCGAUUUAAACUUUCUUCUGGAGCAGUAGGACAUGGCAGACAGAGGCCAUGUUGGAGCAGAGAGAGAAGCAGAGGACACAGAUGAGCUUCUUUACACAGAUCUCAAUGACAACAGCAGUGUGUCUGGACUGGACUCUCCUCCGCCCAAACUGGAUCACUGUGACCUUCUAUUAGAUGCUAUUGAUGCUCAGCUUGGUCAGCUGCAGGUCCAGCCCCAGGAACGUAAGGUGUUUUCCAGAGAGCGCCACUGCAGUGAUGCAGCUACUCUCAGCUGGAGUCAAUCUCUGAGCAAAGACACAGGGCUCGGGAGCACAACUCAAACAAACGACACUCCCAUGUCUUGUCUUGAGUUGAUACACACUGCGACAAUGGAGCAAACACCAGAGAGAAGCACAGGCAGCCGGGGAGGUCCUGUCACUCACAAGGGCACCAACCAGAAAUUAGACAGAAGACCAAGAGACAAAGAGGAAAUAGAUUCUCAGCGGGAGCAGGUUAUCUGGAGACUCGAGAGGCUGCUUGGAGACACCUGUAACGAGGGAAGGAUGCCAGGAGAAACUCACCCUCCUUCAGACAGCAUCUGCACUGAAGACUUUGUCAGAUGCUUCAGAGACGAGAUGGUGGAAUUGGCAUUGCCAGAGAAUAAUAUGCAGCCACUACACAAAGAGGACGUGACUGAGAGGACAGAGAUAUCUGACUGCAACACUUGCCAGAGUGCACAAAAUGGACCCAGUAUUCCUAAUGUGGACAGAGGGGGAUCAGCAACAACUAGGAAAUUCAAUAAAGACACAGGGAAUGCUCACUAUUGUCAAAGACAGGAACUGGAGAAAUGUCUCUAUGACAGCUACGGAGUAAAUACAUCAUGUAGCGAGAGAGCAGGAGACAGAUACAGCACACCACAGAAGUCUGAUGACGACAGCAGCAUCUCUCACAGAACAGAGGUCGUAACAGAACAUGAAACUCUGCAGCAGAACAACAGCUGUUCUCCUAAGGCCAGGUGCUUGGCAGGCGGCUUUUCUUUUCUAGGAGUACCUGUGCGGAGUUUUGACACCGUGUCCAUUGACAGUGACCUCGACUCAGUCUGCACAGAGCAGGUCAGGCAGUAUAUUCACAGGCGGCCAGGAUGGCGCUCUCUCAUUCAGUCUGUCACAGGCAUGGAUGACGACUGUACGAACCACAGUGACUAUGACACACCCACACAGGAAGACAGUGAACCUCAGUCUACAACAGCCCAGAUAUCCUGUUAUGGAAAUGUGCACAACAGAAGUCCCUCUGUCCGUAAAGCACAGCGUCAUAAGAAAGAAACCAAAUGGCGACUUGUGCAUUCUUCGGGUAACAAUGACAAGGACUCAGAUAAGGAAAUGAAUCCGUCGAACAGGAGAUGCCGGCCUGAGAGGACGUCAGAGAAGAUGCAGUCUGACUGGGCCAAGAUGAAAGAGCGUCUCUCUGCACUCAGACAAAAAUGUGAGAAGGAGGAGCAGACACUACAGAAAAAGAAGACUCAGUUGAAAGAUGUAGAGCUGUCCCUCUCUGAACUUCAACAGAGAAGAAAACAUGCCUUGCAGGAGUUAGAGCAACUGACUGUAGAAACAGCAAAGAUGGAGAAGGAGAGGAGGACUCUGGACAUUAUUAGUGACGAGCUGCCCGAGCUGCAGAAGCAGAGCGAGUUCUGUAUUCUUGAGGUAAGAGACGUGAAAGGGGAGCUCACAACCUCGUGUCAAUGUAAAGUGACUGUAAAGGAUGGAGCCUUCAUGCAGAGGCCCAGCGUCAUCAUGUCAGUGCUGGAGAGGGAGGAGAUGGAGAGGCAGCUGGAUAACGCCAAAACAGAGCUCUUUGCUGAACAGCGACGUGCAAGAGAGAAGCUAGAGUCCAUGCAGGAAAAGUUGGAGGAAACUCGUGAGGAGCUCCAGAGGGUCACAGAGGCAGAGAGCUCACUGAGGAGCAGGUGUGAUCAUCUGGAGGAGAAACAGAGGCAGAAAAAGGAUCAGAUGGAGGCAGCAGAGUUUCAAGUGCACGAGCUGCAGCAUGAGCUGGGAGAAUGCAAGAUCAGAGUGGACACUCAGGAGAAGAUGUUGGCACAGAAGGAGCUGCAGCUGCUCGAUUUACAUGAGCAGCGUGAGGCCUUACAAGCAGAGAGAGAUGGACUGAAGAGGGAGCUGCAACACCUGAAAACCCAGCACUGCAAUGCACAGAAAGAAGCCCACGAGCAAGCCCGAAGAAUGAUGGAGGUUGCAUUGAAGCAGCAAAAGAAAGAGUUGGCUUUGGCUCAUGAGCAGCAAAUCCAAAAGGUUCAUAAGCAGACUGAGGAGGAGAAAGCACGCGCUUUGAGAGAACAAACUCUGUCUCUCACACGGCACAUUGAGUCCUUGAAAAGUUCCAUUCAGCUAAAAGUAGAGGAGGCAAAGAAGCUGAAGGAUUCUCUGGAGCAGCAGAAGGAGGAGGCAAAGAACCGUGAAGAGGAGCUGCAUCUAGCAGCCACAAAGCAGGUGCACAAAGCAGUAGAGGAGGAGAGGAGGAAGUGGGAAGCAGAGAAGAUGGAAGCAGUGCAGGCACACUGUGGAAUACUUGAGGAGCAGAAUAGAAAGAGCCUGGAGAGCAUGAGGAGUGAGAUGCAGCGAGAGAAGAGUAAAGCACUGGCUUUUCAACAUAAAGCGGUGGAAUUAAAAACUAGAGUACAGGAGUUGGAGAGUGAAAGCUGUGUGCAGCAGAGAGAGCAGGAGUCUUUGCUGGCUGUUAUCUGCAAAUCACUAAAAGAGGAGCACCAGGCUGAGCUGGAGAAGUUGCGGAGACAGAUGGCACAGGAGAGUCAGAGAGCAGUGCUGCGGCUCCAACAGGCUGUUCAGCUGGCAGAGAAGGAAGCUGACAGACUCCAGGUGAUGCUAGACGAAAGAGAGAGCAGCCAUAACCAAAUUACAGCUGAGCUGGAACAGAAGCUCCGGCACUGGGCCCAGGAGCUGGGAGCAGAGUGCCAGCAACUACACCUCUUAGUGGAGCAGAGUGGAGCCAAACAAAGUUCUGUGCAGCUUCUUCACAGUCCUACAGCAGCUGAGGCUCUAACAAACCUGAGAACACUAAAAGAGCAGCUGAAGCACGUGACUAACCAUCUACAGCAGGAGCUCGACUCACAGAAACAAACCUCUGAGCAGCUGAGAAAGGACAAGGAGCGAGAACUGAGCAUCCAGAGGCAACAGCUGAGGAUGGACAGAGACCAGGCCUUGGACUCUCUGAAGGAACGUCUCAUUCAGGAGCACAUUGAGGAGCUGAGCAGUCUGAACUGGCCUCAUAUGUGUGAUGGAGGAGCUGAAGGAGGAGUGGCAGCAUCGCUUCGCAAACAGCUGAAGGCCAAAGACCUGGAGCUGAGGCAGGUUCAGAGGAGCAUGGCUCAGUGGAAGGAACAGACCGCCGCUCGUCUGGCAUGCAAGUUCGAAGAAGAGUUGACAGCUGAACUGGAAAGGUGCAAGACAAAGUUAUUGAGGGGCAGAAAACCAUCAAAGUCUCGAGAGGAGAGGCAUAAAAAGCCUGAGAGGCCUGAAGCAGAGAUGACGCUUAGUGUAAAGGAAGCUCAGACUUUAGUCUGCUCUCCCUCCCUCCAUGUUGUGGACUCUGCUGCCUCCCACAGCCCCUCAGAUGUGGCUUCAUUUAAGCUUCUACGUUACCUUCAGAGCAGAGUCAAGCAGCUCCGUGUUGAAAACCAGGCAUACAUGUGUAGCCCAUCGCCUUCAAAUACAGUCUCUGUAGAUCUGUCAGGAUCAUAUCUUACAACAAUCACUCAAGGUCAAGACAUUGCUGGGAUUCAGAGUCACUCAUCACUGAGGACAGUGUCGAGUUAAUGACAUGAAGCCCUACUGUGUGUGUGUGUGUGUGUUACAUACAGCAGUGAUGUAAUGCACCUCAAGCUAUUUUUGCGGCCACAGGAAUGAAUCAUUUACUGUUACAUGUGCUUAUGAUUGCAGAUUAACAAGCAGGUCACAGUGACAAAUGACACAACAGAAGAUUUGGUCAUUAAGUUUACAUUCCUCUGUGUCAAGGCAGUGAAACUUUAUGGCGUCAGGUUACAGUGAACUCUGAAUGAGUGAUGAACCAACAUUUUACAGAACAUCAUGUGAGUUAUGUCAGAGAAUCUCAUAAAGCUGACGGGUCUUUGUGGGAAUCCCGUGUAUAAUCAUAAAUGUUACAAGAUGUUUAAUUGCACAAUAAAGAUAUUCUGCAGAUCUCUGGCGAGUUCAAACUGAAUUAUCUCAUUAGCAUUUAAUGUAAUAUCUUAAUCAACUGAGAAAUGUCCUGAUUUUAAUGUAAAAUAAUUCACUGAGGAUUGAUGCCAGAUUUUUUGAAAGACGGCUCCCCUUUAAUCACAUGUGCUGUCACGAAGGCAGUCUGUUUGGUCUUUCCUGUGGUAUCAAAAAUGUUUUAGGGGGAAUAUAGGAACAGUGCCGAUUCAUUUAACAUCUGCUUCAUAUACGAGGUCAGCACUGACACAUUCAGGAAGGAGCUUCUACCCUCAAGCUUCAAAGAUCCUAAAUAAAGACUGCUAAUGUUUUGGCUGAUCAGUGUAUAUGUAUGUAUUGUCACUUGCAUUGUUCCUCAGGGUUUAAUCCUGGGACCCCUUCUCUUCCUAAUAUAAGCCCUGUUUCCACCAAACACUUUCGAUAUGGUACCACUGAAACCAAAAGUAACCUUUAAGACAGGGUUCCUAGACCCCAGUGUUUCCAUCACAAACAGUACUCUUAAAUGUGGGUGGGUUGUUGUCACUCACUGUUUCAUCCAUCACUCACUGUAUUUCGUCCUUCAGUCCAUCAGUCUACACCUCAUUUAUUGUCCACUGAACAAGGUUGCACGCCGACAUUUUCAGAACAAAAUAAACAGGCUGCAGUGAGAGUCUUUCACCAUGGGAUAUUUAAAAAUAGUGGGUUUGUGCAUUUAGUCCUUUAGCUCAAGUUUAGUUUAGUGUGGCUCACAGGAACGAUGCUCCUCAACGCUUUUUUAUUCUCCGAGUGAGAAUUAGAAUAUAUGCUGUUCACAUAAUCUGGUCGAAAUUAGUAAAAGCGUAGGUCAUCCAAGAGAGACAAUACAAACUAAUGGAGUGGUCAAAGGUAUCACAUUGAAAUUUAAGGGGUGCUGAUGGAUUCACAUCGUCACCUCAUACAUUGAGCAACAUGACAAGUAAACAUUCCACCUUAAAAAUUGGAGACAGUCGGCCCAGUGAAUUAUUUUUCUCAGACCACAGCUGCUACAAGAGACAGUAAAACAUCCUUUCAUUUUAAUAUAUGUAACUCUCCAUGUUGUGAACAGCAGUUACAUAAACCUCAGCCCUGAGCAGAGUGACUGUCCGCUAUUGACCAAUCAACGGACUAUAGUGUUCAUAGCUCCACCUUUUAGUACCAGAUCUGUGUGCUAGGUACCCCAACAGAGAGGGGACCAAAA